AUGCCACCUAAAGAUUAUACGCCAUGGAAACUUCCGUCGGCAGCAGAAGAGAUAGAUAGACGAGCAGCAAAGGGCACUUUGCGUUCUUCCAGAACCUCCUCUGCCUCUGCCUCUUCCUCCUCCUCCUCCGGCGCCCACCCUUCUUCUUCAAAUUCCUCGUCCGCCGGUUCGACGAGCUCUGCUUCCCCUCUCCCCUCGGCCGGCCGCCAAAAGCCUCCGUCCCGAAAGAGUGGGAACAAAUCCGUUCCAAGCGGCCGGCCAGCUUCUCAAAGUGCUCUACUGUCUUCCUCGACCGCGCAGCCAUCUAGCGGAAGUGUAGCUCGACCCUCACGAAGCACAUAUACAUCCAAGCAGAGCGUCCCAGCAGCCGCUGAAAAUGCAGGUUCAAUCACGAGUCAGAGCGUCGAUCCUCGGCCUCAAGCGGAAAAGAUAGCAGAAACAAAAAAGCUCGAGAGCGACAAGGAAGCCAUUUGCGACGAACUUGACAAGUUGGAGAUCCAAAUUGGGAAGGAGAUUAAAAAGAGGGAUGACAUGAUCGCCAGAGAUGUGAAGAAGUUUAACGCAAAUUAG